CAACGAAGAAGCUUGGUAGAGUUAAGAUGGCGGCAUGUGGGUGAGGAGGUUGUAUAUCUCAGCUCUGGGUUUUUGUCUCGUAAAGAGGAUCUGUAGUGAAAUACACCCUUACACCUAAUCAGUGGGAGACGACACCCAAAUACUUGACACGUUUUGUCUUAUUUUGGACUGAAACAAUGACCUCUAUACACUUCGUCGUUCACCCGUUGCCCGGGACCGAGGAUCAGCUCAAUGACAGACUUCGUGAAGUAUCUGAAAAACUCAACAAAUACAACUGCAACAGUCAUCCACAGCUUAACCUCCUGGAGCAGGCUACACUUAAACAGUGUGUGGUCGGACCAAACCAUGCAGGCUUUCUGCUUGAGGAUGGACGCAUCUGCAGGAUAAGUUUUGCUGUUCAGCCAGAUCGAUUGGAGUUGGGCAAGCCAGAUGGAAGUGAUGGUUCAAAGUUGAGCAGUGGCUCAGGGGCAGGAAGGACGUCCAGGCCAGGUAGGACUAGUGAUCCGCCCUGGUUCCUGUCUGAUUCUGACCCUUUGGGCCGACUGGCAGGCAACACCCUUGGGAGCCGCUGGAGUUCAGGUGUGAGUGGGGGAGGCAGUGCUGGAGGCGGGGCCAGUGGGGGUGGAGGAACAGGUGGAGGUGGUGGCAGUGGAGGUGGAGGGGGCGGAACAGGAGGUGGGGGCAGCGGCUCCUCGGGCCGCUCCAGCACGGCAGGAGCACGGGACUCUCGCAGGCAGACCCGCGUGAUCCGGACGGGCAGAGACAGGGGCUCUGGUCUGCUGGGAAGUCAGCCACAGCCAGUCAUCCCUGCCUCGGUCAUCCCUGAGGAGCUUAUCUCUCAGGCCCAGGUGGUCCUGCAGGGCAAGUCGAGAAGCGUCAUCAUCCGGGAGCUGCAGCGCACAAACCUGGACGUGAACCUGGCUGUGAACAACCUGCUUAGCCGCGACGACGAGGACGGUGAUGAUGGAGAUGACACGGCCAGCGAGUCCUACCUGCCUGGAGAAGACCUGAUGUCCCUGCUGGACGCGGACAUCCACUCAGCACACCCCAGCGUCAUUAUUGACGCUGAUGCCAUGUUCUCGGAGGACAUCAGCUAUUUCGGCUACCCCUCCUUCCGCCGCUCAUCACUGUCUCGCCUCGGCUCUUCCCGAGUUCUCCUUCUUCCCCUAGAGCGUGACUCGGAGCUGCUGCGUGAGCGCGAGUCGGUGCUGCGGCUGCGUGAGAGGCGCUGGCUGGACGGUGCCUCUUUCGACGCCGAGCGCGGCUCCACCAGCCGGGAGGGAGAGCCCAGCCUGGACAAGAAGAGCACGCCCCUGCAGAGCCCUGUCUCCCUGGGCGACGAACUGCAGUGGUGGCCUGAUAAGGACGGCACAAGGUUCGUGAGCAUUGGGGCCAUGUUCUCUGAGCUCGUGGCUGUCAGCUCUAAAGGAGAACUCUACCAGUGGAAGUGGAGCGAGCCGGAACCAUACAGAAAUGCACAGAAUCCUUCCAUCCACCACCCUCGUGUGUCCUUCCUCGGCUUGGCCAAUGAGAAGAUCACCCUCUUGUCUGCCAACAGUAUCCGUGCCACAGUGGCUACUGAGACUGGCAAGGUGGCGACGUGGGUGGAUGAGACUCUGAGCUCAGUGGCCUGUAAGCUGGAGCAUGGGGCGCAGACGUUCCCCGAGCUGCAGGGCGAACGCAUCGUCUCCCUGCACUGCUGCUCUCUCUACACCUGUGCCCAGCUGGAGACCAACCUCUACUGGUGGGGUGUUGUGCCUUUUAGUCAACGGAAAAAAAUGCUUGAAAAGGCCAGAGCCAAGAACAAGAAGCCAAAGUCCAGUGCCGGCAUCUCGUCCAUCCCCAACAUUACAGUGGGCACUCAGGUGUGUCUGAGGAACAACCCCCUGUACCACGCGGGUGCUGUGGCCUUCUCCGUCAACGCCGGUGUCCCCAAAGUGGGUGUCCUGCUCGAGUCUGUGUGGAACAUGAAUGACAGCUGCAGGUUCCAGCUUCGUUCUCCAGAAAGCCUCAAGAACAUGGAGAAGAACACUAAGUCCCAGGAGACCAAGAUGGAGAGUAAACCUGAAUCAGUCAAAACUGAGAUGGGUCCACCACCGUCCCCGGCUUCCACGUGCAGCGAUACCUCCUCCAUUGCCAGCAGUGCCUCACUGCCGUACAAACGGAGGCGCUCCACACCAGCGCCCCGGGAGGAGGAGAAAGUGAAUGAGGAGCAGUGGCCUCUGAGAGAGGUCGUGUUCGUGGAGGAUGUUAAAAAUGUCCCUGUGGGGAAGGUGCUAAAAGUCGAUGGUGCAUAUGUUGCUGUGAAAUUUCCAGGGACGUCGAGCAGCGUGAGCAGCCAGAGUGCAGCUCCCACUGACUCUGACCCGUCCUCACUACUGCAGGACUGCAGACUCCUUAGAAUAGAUGAACUACAGGUUGUUAAAACUGGUGGAACUCCUAAAGUUCCAGACUGUUUUCAGCGCACGCCUAAAAAACUUUGUAUUCCAGAAAAAGCUGAAAUUUUAGCUGUGAACGUUGACUCCAAAGGAGUCCAUGCUGUGCUGAAAACAGGUAGCUGGGUUAGGUACUGUAUAUUUGACUUGGCCACUGGCAAAGCGGAGCAGGAGAAUCACUUCCCCACAAGUAACUUGGCCUUUCUGGGCCAGAGUGAACGCAACGUAGCCAUUUUCACCGCUGGCCAGGAGAGUCCCAUUAUUCUGCGUGAUGGCAAUGGCACCAUUUACCCAAUGGCCAAAGACUGCAUGGGAGGAAUACGAGACCCUGAUUGGCUGGAUUUGCCACCCAUUGCCAGUCUUGGCAUGGGAGUUCACUCCCUUGCCAACCUCCCCAGCAACUCCACUAUCAAAAAGAAAGCUGCUAUCAUCAUUAUGGCUGUGGAGAAGCAGACGCUGAUGCAGCACGUCCUGCGCUGUGAUUAUGAGGCCUGCCGGCAGUACCUGGUGGGCCUGGAGCAGGCAGUCCUGCUGGAGCAGAACCCCCACGCGCUGGAAGCCCUGCUGGGUCACCGCUGCGACGGCAACCGCAAUCUGCUGCACGCCUGCGUCUCGGUCUGCUUCCCUGUCAGCAACAAGGAGACCAAGGAGGAGGAAGAGGCCGAGCGCUCGGAGAGAAACACGUUUGCUGAACGGCUAUCUGCCGUGGAAGCCAUCGCUAAUGCUAUAUCGGUGGUGUCCAGCAACAGCUCGGGAAACAGGACGGGAUCGUCCAGUAGUCGCGGACUCCGCCUCCGGGAGAUGAUGAGGCGCUCACUCAGAGCUGCUGGAUUGGGCCGCCACGAGUCUGGUCCUUCCUCCAGCGACCACCAGGACCCAGUCUCCCCACCCAUCGCCCCUCCCAGUUGGGUGCCCGACCCCCCUCCCAUGGACCCCGAUGGUGACAUUGAUUUCAUCUUGGCCCCUGCAGUCGGUUCACUUACCACAGCGUCUACCGGCCCGAGCCAAGGACCCAGCACUUCCACCAUACCGGGUCCUUCAUCGGAACCGUCCGUGGUGGAGAGUAAAGACCGCAAGGCCAAUGCCCAUCUCAUCCUCAAGCUCAUGUGUGACAGUGUGGUGCUCAGGCCUCACCUACGGGAGCUCCUCUCUGCAAAGGAUGCUAGGGGCAUGACCCCGUUCAUGUUGGCCGUGAGUGGGAGAGCGUAUCCGGCAGCCAUCACUGUGCUGGAGGCGGCACAGAGAAUAGCCAAGGGUGAGCCUGGUAUCGGGGAGAAGGACGACGUGAACUCUGUGUUUAUGGAGAUGAUCUGUCCACCGGGCACAAACCCUGACGACUCUCCCCUCUAUGUGCUCUGCUGCAACGACACCUGCAGCUUCACCUGGACAGGGGCAGAGCAUAUCAACCAGGACAUCUUUGAGUGCCGGACGUGUGGUCUGCUGGAGUCACUGUGCUGCUGUACAGAGUGUGCCCGAGUUUGCCACAAAGGCCAUGACUGCAAACUGAAGAGGACGUCUCCCACCGCGUACUGUGACUGCUGGGAGAAGUGUAAGUGUAAAACCCUGAUCGCAGGGCAGAAGGCUGCCCGCCUGGACCUGCUCUACAGGCUACUGACUACCACCAACCUCGUUACCAGUCCAAACAGCAGGGGCGAACAUAUCCUGCUGUUCCUGGUGCAGACUGUAGCCAGGCAGAGUGUUGAGCACUGUCAGUAUCGGCCACCACGCAUCAGAGAGGACAGGAACCGCAAGGCUGCCAGCGCAGAAGACUCAGACAUGCCAGAUCAUGACCUGGAGCCUCCGCGCUUUGCCCAGCUUGCUCUAGAGCGGGUUCUACAGGACUGGAAUGCUCUCAAGUGCAUGAUUAUGUUCGGCUCACAGGAGAACAAAGACCCUCUGAGUGCGAGCAGUCGUGUUGCCCAUCUCCUGCCUGAGGAACAGAUGUACCUGAACCAGCAGAGUGGUACCAUCCGGCUGGACUGCUUCACCCACUGCCUCAUUGUCAAGUGUGCUCCAGAUAUCACCUUCAUCGACACCCUGCUGGGCACACUGGUGAAGGAGCUGCAGAACAAGUACACUCCCGGUCGGCGAGAAGAGGCCGUGUGCGUCACACGCCGUUUCCUGCGCUCUGUGGCUCGGGUCUUCGUUAUCCUCAGUGUGGAAAUGGCCUCGUCCAAGAAGAAAAAUAACUUCAUCCCGCAGCCCAUCGGGAAGUGCAGGCGGGUGUUCCAGGCGCUGUUGCCCUACGCUGUGGAGGAACUGUGCAACGUGGCCGAGUCCCUCAUCGUGCCCGUGCGCAUGGGAAUCGCCCGGCCUACGGCGCCUUUCACGCUGGCCAGCACCAGCAUUGACGCCGUGCAGGGCAGCGAGGAGCUCUUCUCGGUGGAGCCUCUGCCUCCGCGCCCCUCACCAGACCAGUCCAGCAACAGCUCCGGUCAGCCUGCCUCCUCCUACAUCAUCCGGAACCCCCAGCCCCGCCGUAGCAGCCAAUCGCAGGCUGCCCGGGGCCGUGAUGAGGAGCAAGACGACAUCGUGUCCGCCGACGUCGAGGAGGUAGAGGUAGUGGAGGGAGUUGCUGGGGAGGAAGAUCACCAUGAUGACCAGGAGGAACAGGGGGAGGAGACUGCAGAAGCUGAGGGUCAACAUGACGAGCACGACGAGGACGGAAGCGACAUGGAGCUUGACCUGUUGGCUGCUGCGGAGACCGAGAGUGACAGUGAAAGUAACCACAGCAACCAGGACAAUGCAAGCGGGCGCCGAAGUGUCGUCACGGCAGCGACGGCAGGAUCUGAAGCAGGCGCCAGCAGCGUGCCAGCCUUCUUCUCCGAGGACGACUCUCAGUCCAACGACUCAAGUGACUCUGACAGCAGCAGCAGUCAGAGCGAUGAUGCCGACCAGGAGACGUACCUGCUGGAUGAGCCCCUGGAGAGGACCACGGGCUCAGCCCAUGCCAACAGUGCCGCCCAGGCGCCCCGCUCCAUGCAGUGGGCCGUACGCACCACGCCCAACCAGCGCUCAGCUGGGGGAGCCCCCACCAGCUCUUCCACCCCUGCAGCGAGCUCCACAGGCUUAAUCUACAUCGACCCGUCCAACCUGCGGCGGAGCAGCGCCAUCAGCACAAGCGCUGCGGCGGCUGCUGCGGCCCUGGAGGCCAGCAACUCCAGCAGCUACCUGACGUCAGCCAGCAGCCUGGCACGUGCCUACAGCAUCGUCAUCCGCCAGAUCUCCGACCUCAUGAGCCUCAUCCCCAAGUACAACCACCUGGUGUACUCACAGUACCCUGCCGCAGUCAAGCUCACUUACCAGGAUGCCGUCAAUUUGCAGAACUUUGUGGAAGAGAAACUGGUCCCGACCUGGAACUGGAUGGUGUCCAUCAUGGACUCCACGGAGGCCCAGCUGCGCUACGGUUCGGCCCUCUCCUCAGCGGGCGACCCGGGUCACCCCAGCCACCCCCUCCACGCCUCCCAGCACUCUGGGCGGCGAGAGCGCAUGACUGCACGAGAGGAGGCCAGUCUCCGAACCCUCGAGGGCCGCAGGCGUGCGGCUACGCUGCUGACUGCUCGCCAGGGUAUGAUGUCUGCGCGCGGGGACUUCUUGAACUAUGCGCUGUCACUGAUGCGUUCCCAUAACGACGAGCACUCUGAUGUGCUGCCCGUCCUGGAUGUGUGCUCUCUCAAGCACGUAGCCUACGUCUUCCAGGCCCUCAUCUACUGGAUCAAAGCCAUGAACCUGCAGACCACGCUGGACACUGCGCAGAUGGACAGGAAGAGAAACCGUGAGCUGCUGGAACUUGGCCUGGAUAAUGAAGAUUCUGAGCAUGAGAAUGAUGAGGACACCAAUCAGAGCUCUACCCUUCAGGAUAAGGAGGAGGAGUCUGUCCCUGCGGAAACGGGCCAGCACCACCCAUUCUUCCGGCGCUCCGACUCCAUGACCUUCCUUGGCUGCAUUCCUCCUAAUCCCUUCGAAGUACCUGUGGCUGAAGCCAUCCCGCUGGCUGACCAGCCCCACCUGCUCCAGCCCAAUGCGAGGAAGGAGGACCUAUUUGGGCGGCCAAGUCAAGGCUUGUACUCGUCCUCCUACAUGGCAAGCAAAGGCCUGUCAGACCUCACUGUGGACAUGAACUGCUUACAGAUUCUACCUACAAAGAUGUCGUAUUCGGCCAAUAUGAAGAACGUUAUGAGUAUGGAGUCCCGACAGAGAGGCGUAGAAGAACAGCCAGCUGCAGUGCAGGACAUGGACACCUCCAAGCCUGGCCCAUCCCCUCAUGACCUGGCUGCCCAGUUAAAGAGCAGCCUCCUCGCAGAGAUUGGACUGACUGAGAGUGACGGCCCACCUCUCCCCACCUUUAUCCCUCACUGUAGCUUCAUGGGAAUGGUAAUCUCUCACGACAUGCUGCUGGGCCGCUGGCGCCUCUCGCUUGAGCUCUUCGGCCGUGUCUUCAUGGAGGACGUAGGGGCGGAGCCUGGCUCGAUCCUGACGGAGCUGGGUGGCUUUGAGGUGAAGGAGUCCAAGUUCCGGCGCGAGAUGGAGAAGCUGCGGAACCUGCAGUCACGUGACCUGGCGCUGGAGGUGGACCGUGAGCGCGAGCAGCUCAUCCAGCAGACCAUGCGGCAGCUGAACACGCACUUCGGCCGCCGCUGCACCGCCACGCCCAUGGCCGUGCACCGUGUCAAGGUGACGUUCAAAGACGAGCCAGGUGAGGGCAGCGGCGUUGCGCGCAGCUUCUACACAGCCAUCGCCCAGGCCUUCCUCUCCAAUGACAAGCUGCCCAACCUCGACUGCGUGCAGAGCGUCAGCAAGGGCAUGCAGGCCAGCAACCUGAUGCAGCGUCUGAGGAACAGGGACCGGGAGCGGGACCGGAGGAGUGGGGGCCUCAGGGCAGGAUCUCGACGGGACCGGGACAGGGACUCCAGGAGGCAGCUGUCCAUUGACACCAGGCCAUUCAGGCCUGCGUCUGAGGGCAACCCCAGUGAUGAACCAGACCCCCUGCCUGCUCACAGACAGGCAUUAGGAGAGCGGCUGUACCCCCGCGUGCAUGCCAUGCAGCCGGCGUUUGCAAGUAAGAUCACAGGCAUGCUGCUAGAGCUGUCCCCAGCCCAGCUGCUACUGCUCCUGGCCAGCGAGGAUUCCCUCAGAGCCCGUGUAGAGGAGGCCAUGGAGCUGCUCAUCACACAUGGACGGGAAAAUGGCGCUGACAGCAUUCUGGACCUUGGUCUCCUUGACACUCCAGAGAAAGCACAGCAGGAGAAUCGUAAGAGGCACGGCUCUACCCGCAGCGUGGUGGACAUGGAGCUGGAUGACACAGAUGACGGCGAUGAUAACGCGCCCCUCUUCUACCAACCAGGAAAGAGGGGCUUCUACUCCCCACGGCCCGGCAAGAACACAGAGGCUCGACUCAACUGUUUCCGCAAUGUGGGCAGAAUACUUGGGCUGUGUCUUCUGCAGAAUGAGCUUUGCCCCAUCACCCUGAACAGGCACGUCAUCAAGGUGUUGCUAGGUAGAAAAGUGAACUGGCAUGACUUUGCCUUUUUCGACCCGGUGAUGUACGAGAGCUUGCGACAGCUGAUUCGCCAUUCGCAGACGAGCGAGGCUGAGGCUGUGUUUGCAGCGAUGGACCUAGCCUUUGCAAUCGAUCUUUGCAAAGAGGAAGGCUCUGGACAGGUGGAGCUCUUGACUGGUGGCGUCAACAUGCCUGUGACUCCUCAGAAUGUGUACGAGUACGUGCGGAAGUACGCCGAGCACAGGAUGCUGGUGGUGGCUGAGCAACCCCUGCAUGCCAUGAGGAAGGGACUCCUGGAUGUGCUUCCUAAGAACGCGCUGGAGGACCUGACUGCAGAGGACUUCAGGCUGCUGGUCAACGGCUGCGGGGAGGUCAACGUGCACAUGCUCAUCAGCUUCACCUCCUUUAACGAUGAGUCUGGAGAGAAUGCAGAGAAGCUGCUGCAAUUCAAGCGCUGGUUUUGGUCCAUCGUGGAGAAGAUGAGCAUGACGGAGAGGCAGGACCUGGUGUACUUCUGGACCUCCAGCCCGUCUCUUCCUGCCAGUGAGGAAGGCUUCCAGCCCAUGCCCUCAAUCACCAUCCGGCCCCCCGACGACCAGCACCUGCCCACGGCCAACACCUGCAUCUCCCGCCUCUAUGUCCCCCUCUACUCCUCUAAACAGAUCCUCAAACAGAAACUUUUACUAGCCAUCAAGACCAAGAAUUUUGGUUUUGUGUAGAGGGUGACAAAUCCAAAAAAAGUUUACUUGUUGUGUAAUAUUACUAGUUCCAUUUUUUGUAGAUUUCUUUUUUUUGUCUAUACAAUUUUAUGAAAUUUAAAAGAAAAAAGUGCUGUCAUCAUUGGCGGUAGUUUUUU